UGUUGUUUUCGGGGAGGGUCGACUUUACGCUGACAUCGAGACUGAGGAUCUGUGCUUCAUGUAACAUUUGUGGACGCACAUGUUAGACGGAGCUGCUCUUUCCCUUUGCCCUUCAGCACCACGGCUUUGGACAGCACCAGACGACCAGACCCUCCUUCACCUUUACCCUCAGGAUAGCUGUUUACUUCACUUGACUUUAUGGAAACAUUUUGCACUCGUUUGGACAAGUAAAAGUGUUCAUCUUGGAGCGGAACCAACGGAUACACCGCCACAAGCUUUCCGGCAGGAGAAACUGUUCCAGUCUCAGUGUUUUUUUACUAGUAUUUGGUUAACCGAACCGCGAAGCUGCUGUCUACGUGGACCGGUGCUGAACUCUUUCGUCCGACCGCAAGGACCAAACCCAGAGACAUGACGACGAACGGCACGAAAGCCUCUGAUGGACACGUUUUAACAGAGGUCAACGAAGCGCCCACUGCCAACGACAAACCAAAAACUCUGGUGGUUAAAGUACAGAAGAAAACGGAACUUCCUGACAGAGAAACAUGGCAGGGAAAAUUUGACUUUCUUCUGUCUUGUGUUGGCUAUGCUAUUGGACUUGGCAAUGUCUGGAGAUUCCCUUAUCUAUGCGGGAAAAACGGAGGAGGGGCAUUCUUGAUUCCUUACUUUCUGACCCUUAUAUUUGCCGGGGUUCCGUUGUUUCUCCUGGAAACGUCCCUCGGUCAAUACACGUCCAUUGGUGGUCUUGGAGUGUGGAAACUGGCCCCAAUGUUUAAAGGUGUUGGUCUGGCGGCAGCAGUCCUGUCUUUCUGGCUUAACAUUUACUACAUUGUCAUCAUUUCUUGGGCUAUUUACUAUCUCUAUAACUCCUUCACCACGGAGCUCCCCUGGAAAUCUUGUGACAACCCAUGGAAUACAGACAAAUGUUUCUCAAACUACAGCAUGGCAAACACUGCCAAUAUGACAAGCGCCGUCACAGAGUUUUGGGAACGUAAUAUGCAUCAACUGACCGACGGUUUGGAGAAGCCAGGAGAGAUAAGACUGCCACUGGCAAUAACAUUGGCUAUCGCCUGGGUUCUGGUCUAUUUCUGUAUCUGGAAGGGUGUAGGCUGGACUGGAAAGGUGGUAUAUUUCUCAGCCACAUACCCAUACGUCAUGCUCUUUAUUCUGUUCAUCCGUGGAGUGACACUGCCGGGAGCGAAAGAGGGCAUUUUGUUCUAUAUCACGCCUGAGUUCAGCAAGCUAAAAGAAUCAGAGGUGUGGCUCGACGCAGCCACUCAAAUCUUCUUCUCGUACGGUCUGGGCCUGGGCUCUCUCAUCGCCCUUGGGAGCUACAACACUUUCAACAAUAACGUUUACAAAGACUCCAUCAUCGUCUGCUGCAUCAAUUCCUUCACCAGCAUGUUCGCCGGAUUCGUCAUUUUCUCAAUCGUGGGCUUCAUGGCCCACAUCACAAAACGCCCCAUAGCAGACGUGGCUGCCUCAGGUCCAGGGCUGGCGUUUUUGGCGUACCCAGAAGCAGUCACACAGUUGCCCAUUUCACCACUUUGGGCAAUUCUGUUUUUCUCAAUGUUGCUUAUGCUUGGCAUUGACAGUCAGUUCUGUACCGUGGAAGGCUUUAUCACAGCUCUGGUGGAUGAGUUCCCCCGCUUGCUGCGAGGAAGACGAGAGAUCUUUAUCGCUGUUGUCUGCUUUGUUUCAUAUAUCAUUGGCCUGUCAAACAUCACACAGGGUGGCCUGUAUGUCUUCAAACUGUUUGACUACUACUCUGCAAGUGGAAUGUGCCUACUGUUCCUGGUGUUCUUUGAAUGCAUCUCCAUAUCAUGGUUCUAUGGCGUCGAUAAAUUCUACGGCAAUAUCGAGGAGAUGAUCGGCUACAGGCCCUGCAUCUGGUGGAAACUCUGUUGGGUUGUGUUCACCCCUCUGAUUGUGGCGGGCGUCUUUCUCUUCAGCGCCGUUCAAAUGGUCCCCUUAAAAUUGAAUAAUUACGUGUUCCCAAAGUGGGGACAGGGUGUAGGGUGGUGCAUGGCCCUAUCAUCCAUGGUUCUGAUCCCAGGAUACAUGGGCUACAUGUUCCUCACUCUGAAGGGUUCGUAUAAAGAGCGCCUUCGGAUAAUGAUCCAACCCGCAUCAGUGGUUCGAACUCAAGAGAACGGACCCGAACAGCAAGCUGAAAACCCCACCCCGGCCAACGACGAGGCCUACAUCUAACCCCUCAUCUCCUCCAUCCCUAAAGGUCAACUUUCAGAGCGAGAACACAAGCGUAAUCACGGUUGAACACAACCAAGGACUUCCAUGUCUAAAAUAUUAUCACCUACCUCCAAGGGAAAACCAACCUGAUUACAGUUUGAGGUUUUUUGGAACAUACGUAUGGUCCGAAAAAUCUAUCCAAUCUAUGUUUUAGGGUUAAUCUGUAUUUUAUAUGCAAGAUAUUACUCACACAAAAAGGCGUAUAACCACAGGAUUACUUAAUUUAAACAAUAAUUCCAAUAUUGGCACCCCAAUGUAAUUCCAACACCACUGUGUUAAUUUAAUAUUACAUGUAAUUAAUGUAUUAAAAUAUAAAAAUACAAUUGUAGCUUAGAAUCAAAUUGUAUUUAAUUGUAUCGGAAAAAAAUAUAUAUAAAUAUAAAAACAGGGAGAGAGAGACUAUGGGAGGGUGCAACAGAGCAAGAUUAAGACCUUGUGACUACAUCAAUAUUAUGUAGCCAGACAACACGUUUGGAAAAUUUUCAGUAUCAAAGAACCCUUCCCCUUUUAGCCUUUGGGCAAAACCUGAAAAGCACAAAACCAGUAUGGAUUUGAGUUUACAAACGCUCCAGGCAGCGAUGAAUUACCAGCCACAGGGGCAAAUUGACACAAAAAAAGACUGUUAUUUUUUCCUUCAUUUUCUAAGACAAAAAAAAACUUUGUAUGCGUUUUUUAGGAUUAUUUUAGUACAUGUUUUCUAUGUAAGAGUAAGAAGGACCAAAUUCAUGUUUGCGCAAGUAUGCUACUGACAGAUCUGAAAUACUGUUUUUUCCUCGUUUUUGUCGCACCACAUCACGCAAAGUACAGGGUACAAAAAGUCAUUUUUUGAGCAGAUGUACCCCGUCGAACCACCGCUUACCCUGCUCACCACAUCUGCAUGCCACUCCUCAGGAAAAAUGGCGAAAGUGACCAAAAUUUACUCUCCUGGAUGAAAAAAAAGCUUAUAGCUGUGAGCAGCCAUCAGCAAAUAAUCAGUGCAGAGCAGAAGCUAUAGUCUGUUGCCAUGGUUUCUAGGGUCAUUUUGUCAGACGUCAUUGACGAACCAGCACUCUGUGUCAAAAAUCGACAAGCCGUUAUUUUGAAUGAACAAAAAAAAUACGUAAUGGGAUAUAUAUUCUAUUUUUUUUCAAAUACACUGACUAGUGGGGCAAUAAAUAUUUACAAUAAAUAGUUUUAAUGGAUAUAUAUAUAUAUCAAUGGUUGAAACAGAAAGAGUUGACUGUUUUAUUUCCACAUUUUUUUUAUAAUCCACUGGUGAAAAGCGCAAAGCUUUAAGUUCACAAGCCACAAAGGUGAAUCUGAAGAAAAGACCACGGUUAGUUUGCUUCUAUGGCAGCUAUAUGUGACAGGGAUAUGGGUCAAUUUGUCAGUUUAUUCUCGCGUUUGAUGAAAAUGUGCAAUCACUAAGCGUUUUCGUGAAAUUGUACAAAUUUAACAUCGGAUUUCUCUCUGAAACAAUGUUGUAAAACUGUACCGUGUAAAAGUAUCUGUGAAUGUCCGUUUUGAGGUUUUUGUCUUGUUGAACAACCUUAUAUUAUUUGCUGUUUACUGCAAUAAUGCAUCCAUCUCAGAAGCUAAAGCACAUAUCUUUCUGAAAUGUAAAAAAGAGUAGUAUUAAUAACAAAUGAAUAACAAUAAUGAAAGAUUAUAAGAGAAUAGAUCAUAUGUCUAGUUGAACAAGAUACUGUACUGUUUUGUAAAUUUCUAACUGUUUGGGCCCUAAUGUAAAAUAUUUUAUGUAAAAAAUAUAUAAUAAAUGUCUUUAGAUGGUGUUAUAUUAAAGCAUGAUUGCCAUAUGUUAUCUGAUAAAAAAUAAAAUAAAGUAUUAUAGAUUAUAA